AUGUUUGCGACUGCAGACGACACAAUAUAAACCUCAGUAAGGUGUAAGUAUUUCUUUGAAAAGGUUAAACACAGUCCCAUCAAGUAAUCCUAACAAGUCAAGUGCAGGUUAGUUAUACAAUAAUAAGAGUCGGUGAUAGUAGAUGAUUGAUUUAAUAGAGUUUCAUUUGUAAUAUCGUUCAAUCGUGUGCAGCAACGAGAAAGACUAAAAUUUAAGUACUCUUCGUAUAAAAUCUCCACUCAGCUGAAACAUUACGAAUUGGCUCGAUUAAAUGGCAAAUAUGGUUAAAGUGGAACCGGAUGUGGAAAUAACUAACAAUCGAAAUGUAUCUGUUGAUUGGGUUAUCGACAACGAAAUGAAAGCGCCUCAAAUAACGAUUAUAAAACCUGAAGAACCAAUAAAAAUCCCAAAAUGCGUGAAAACAACUACAAAAAAGAAGAGAAUCCGCAAGAAAAUACCAAAAGGAACUAAGGAGUACGAAGAAGAGCGAAAAAAAAAUAAUCAAGCCGCUAGAAAAUGUCGCGCAAGGAAAAGAUUACAAAUGAGCGAUCUUCAAAUGCAAGUAGAAGAAUUAAGAGCCGAAAAUGACCGACUGAAAAAAGAAGUCACUUUCCUCAGACAAAAACUAAAGGAGAGUACAGUUAUUGUUAAAAUUGAACCAUCUUAG